CUCACCGCGACGUUUCGCGGUGAACAUUUCGGACGGACUCUGUUGCAUGCGGGUCUCGGAGAAGAGUCAUUUUCACCCGCUGCCACCGCCGCCGCAAUCGCGUCCCCGUAAUCGUAAAACGUUUUUUUAGAAAUUUUUUUUUUCGUUUCGUUUUUAUUUUUUAGAUCGCUCGUGGUUUUUCGAUAUAUAUUUAUUUUUAUUUUUUUAUUCUCACACGUUUCCAAUUAUUCUGACGAGCGACCCCGUCCCCUGCCACUUUCCACCGAAUGCUUCAAAAUAUUCCGUUCUUUUUAUACUAUGCAUAUCGCAUAAACGCCAUCCGUCGUCUCGUCUCCGAAGAUCGGUUCAGACUCGCACGAUUGUUUUGGAAAUGGAAAAAUUAUCAUGUUAUGGAUAACAGUAAUAACCGAUUCAGUCAUUUUGUAUCAACGAAUGAAUUCUUCGUAAUAUGACUAGGUACCAGAUCAAACCGAUAAGGAACAGUGGUAAGAAAACCGAGGACAUUCGUUUUUGGAAAAAUGCUGCGGACAACACUGCUACUACACAACCUGACCAGGCCUGAAUCGUGUCCAUCGUGGAAAACCGAAUCUAAUAAGAUAUCUUACAUGUAGCCGUUAAGGAUGUGAAAUUCAAGCAUCAACAAUUUUCACUCUUUUAAAUGUGAAUUGUGAUAUGGUCAAGUGCAGUAGAAGAAUAAAAUAAGAACAUACAAGGAACAGUGAAAUUAUUAUGUAAUACCCAUAAUUUUAAUGUAAUACUAAAGCUGAAUGCGAUUGAAUACGAUUUUAGUUCGCAGAUGGAUCAAACUGUUGUCAACGGUUCGGUCGCGGUGGCAGUCGGCAACGGCACUGCCGGCGGCGAUCCUGGAUCGGUGUCUGGCACCAACUGGACCACAGCAGUGGUAGCGCAUGCGGACCUAACGCCGGUACUUUCACCGUUCGAGUCCUGGCAAAAAGUCCUCAUUGUGAUGGUUAUCGGCGUAUGCAUGGUCCUCACCAUCACCGGCAACAUACUGGUGCUAGUAUCGUUUAUCGUGGAUCGGACCAUCCGUCAGCCAAGCAACUACUUCAUUGCAUCGCUGGCCGCCACGGACAUGUUAAUCGGUACAGUGUCGAUGCCGUUUUACUGCGUGUACAUACUGCAGGGCUACUGGGACCUGGGACCGUUGCUGUGCGAUCUGUGGCUGUCCGUCGACUACACCGUGUGCUUGGUGUCGCAGUACACGGUGCUGCUGAUCACGGUCGACCGGUUCUGUUCCGUGAAGAUCGCCGCCCGGUACCGGGGCUGGCGGACCAAGGACAAGGUCAUGUGGAUGGUGGUGCUCACGUGGAUCAUCCCGGCGCUGUUGUUCUUCACCAGCAUAUUCGGCUGGGAACACUUUGUCGGCUACCGGGACCUGUUGCCGGGCCAGUGCGCCGUACAGUUCCUCAAGGAUCCCGUGUUCAACACGGCGCUGAUCAUAGGCUACUUCUGGACCACGCUCAUCGUGCUGUUCGUACUGUACGGCGGGAUCUACAAGGUGGCGUACGAGAUGCAAAAGAAGAGCGAAGCGAAACAGCGCAAGAUGCAGUCGAUGGUGGCACUGAGCGCGGGCACCGUGUCCGGCAUGGCCGGUCACGCGGCCGGCAUAGGAAUGUCCAAGACUCAAAGCACUCUGCUCGUGCAAGACAAACCGCAGCAGCAGCAGCAGCAGCAGCAACUGCAGCAACAGCAACAACUGCAGCAACACCAACAACUGCAGCAACAACAGCAACACCAUCAAAACCAACAGCAGCAGCAGCAGCAGCAGCAACAGCAACGACAGCGGGCGGCCGGGGGCAGUAACAGAUCGGCGACCGGUGAUGGUUUCGACGAGAACGCGGCGGCGGCUUGCAGGAACUCGGGCCCGGACGACCACAACUCCGCGGCCGUGGUGGUGGUGGACAAGGAGCGGUCGAGCAGCCCAGCGUUCGAGUCGGACGAGGAGAGCACGACGGGCGAGAAACAGCAGCAGCAGAUCAACUGGCCGCGCAAGAAAUCGGUGGCCGAGCUGAUCGUCCAGUCGGCACUCGUCCAGCGGUCCAACAGCGGCAUACACCUAUCGCCGUCAGAUAAUCUCAUACCGUACUCCGGUACGUCCGGUACGUCCGGUAACAACAACAACAACAACCACGGUAGUCCGAUCGUCCGGUCGUUUUCCAACACGGCCGUCUUCAACUACGGGGCGCCGACAGGGGCGGCGGCGCAACCCUCCCGAACGACGCCGCCCGACACGCCCUCGCCGCCCGACAGCCGGGUGGACGCGCUCGUCGGCAUGGACACGAGUGAGCUGCACUUCAUGGACGACAGUUCGAUCGUCAUCGGGUCGCCGACGUUCGAGAGUCCCACGAACAGCACUAGUUCGAUGAACGAAACCAUGUCUUCGGCCCAAUGUUCUCCGGCGCACGGCGCCGCGGCCUCGUCGUCGCUGCUGCAGGCCGCGCUCAUCCGGGCGGCCGCGGCCCAGCAGAUGAGCCAGUCGUGCGGCACCACCGCCGCCGCCGUCCCCAAGGUCAACACGGCCGUCGUCGUGGACGGCUGCCAUCGCGGUUCCACGUGUACCACGACCGUGGUGGUGGCCGGGCGCGACGGCCGCGGUGCAGCGGGUAACGACGACGACGACGACUACGGCGACGAUUACGGUGACGACGGCGACGCAGCCGCCACCGGUACCGGCGAAAAGUCCUCGUCCGAGACGACCAAGAGCGGCGGCGGCGGCGGAGGUAGCGGCAACGGGGGCGGCGGUGGAGGGAGUAGCGGCGGCGACAAGCGCGAGGGCAGUUCCCGCGGCGACUUCGUCCGGACCAUCGGCAAGCGUCUGAAGGUGAAACGGCCCAAGGUGGCCGGCCGCCAAAAGUCCAAGUCCGAGAACAGGGCCCGAAAGGCGUUCCGCACCAUAUCGUUCAUACUGGGCGCGUUCGUGGCCUGCUGGACACCGUACCACAUACUGGCGCUCAUCGAGGGCUUCUGCUCCAACCCGCCGUGCACCAACGAGCGGCUGUUCCUGUUCUCGUACUUCCUGUGCUACGCCAACAGCCCGAUAAACCCGUUCUGUUACGCGCUGGCCAACCACCAGUUCAAGAAGACACUCACCAGGCUGAUGAAGGGCGACUUCCAUAUAUCAUAGGCCGCGACUUCCAUAUAUCAUUGGCCGCGACGUCCGCCAAGCACGCAGCACCCGUGCGCGCGUGUUCCUGAAAACGAUCGUUUCCGGACCGGCGUAAACGCCGUUCGGUUUUCCGUUUCGCGCGGCUCCGUCACUGUCGUCGCACCCCUCCACGCCGAUAUUACCCACGUGUAACGUUGUUCCUAUACGUAUGUGCGCGAGAUCGCCAGAACGACGUCAUUGCAAAGCGGCGAUCGAAACGUUCUAAACUUUAACCGCUUUGGCCUGAACACUUUUUGUGCACAAUAAUAAUUAUUAUGAUUUUAUUUCGGGUACUUUCGUCAGUCAAUAGACGUAUCCUCAAAAUUCGGGAACCCCUAUAAACCUCGUGGGAGCAUUUAGGUACGGCAUAUAUUCUUACAAUAAUCAUAACUUUAUUUAUUAAUUCUGUAAUAUAUAUAUAUAUAUGUGUGUGUGUGUGU